ACUUUGACGGAGGAACAAAAUACACUCGGACUACUUCCGGGGACACAUUUGACUGACGAACUAAAUGGUCCACUCGCAUCCUAGUCAACAAUCUUUUUUUUGCCUAGCUUUGACGCCUAUGCACGACAGGACAAUACAAAAAUUCAAAACAUUAAAUAUUAGACACGAUUACGGCAAUUCUCGACGUUCUUUGAAAAAUCGACGAGCGUUUGGGAGCCCUCAAUACUCGACUAACGACAAUGUUGCUGACGACGGGUCGCCUGUCUAAAGCGCUGCAGCUCACCCUGGCGGUCAUCAAACCAGAUGCAGUGGCUCAUCCUCUCAUGCUGGAGGCUCUUCACCAAAGUAUCCUGGAUAACCACUUUAUCGUCGUUCGCUGCAAAGAUCUGGUGUGGAGGCGACAAGACUGCGAGAGGUUUUAUGCUGAGCAUUCAGAGCGAUUCUUCUAUCAAAGACUUGUUGAGUUCAUGUCGAGCGGCCCGUUGCGGGCGUACAUUUUAGCCCGAGAGGACGCCGUUCGCCACUGGAGGGAACUGAUGGGUCCGACCAAAGUCUUCCGAGCCAGAUACACGUCCCCCGCCUCUCUGCGGGCUCAGUUUGGCCUCACGGACACGCGCAACACCGCCCACGGCUCGGAUUCUGCCGAGUCGGCGCGGAGAGAAAUGGUGUUCUUCUUCCCGGACUUUCGUGCGGAGGAGUGGAUGGAGUGCGAGGAGCCGGCGUUCCGGUCGGGACACGCACAUUAUGACCCUCGGCAACGCAUCCACACACUUUCUGCUCAGACCUGACCUCAGAUCUGCUGUUACCCCUCUUACACAGCUGCUACUCAGACUGUUUGUAUUGUCUUUAGAAAACACACAAAUCCAGACACAACUCAAGACACGCAAUCGUACAAAUAACACCUCAAACAAACAAUUUCCAAUCUUCAAUUUCAAGUUCCUGAGCCACAAUAGAAACAACGUAUUUGCUCUUAAGCGUUACUAGAAAGUAUUUAUUUGUGAGUUUGGACCCCCCCCCCCAAAAAAAAAGAUGCUUGAUUGUGCCACGUUCUUAAGAUCCUUCCAUGUACACGAGCUCCAUGUCCUCAUCGGAGACUACACACAUUGGACACCGUGUGAAAAUUCAGUCGUUUUAAAAAACAAACACAGAAGAUGUACGUUUGCCGCGCUCUACAGAGUCAUCCAAAAACACGGCGCAAUACGCUUUCGAAAGCGAGGAUCCAUCAAAAUGGAUAAAGUACUUGAUUUCUCAUUUCCUUCUGACGAAUUGGCUUCCCGAGUUACACAUUUGAACAUGUGCGGAAGACGGUCAAACGCGGCGCCCGUCCAGCCACUAUGGAAAUUUCCUACGCGAUUUCACGCCAGCCGCAACUUUGGCCGCCGCUUGUCGUACACGGAAAGUUCGUCUCGCAGUAUUGUUGUACUAGUACUUGGCGUGACGAUGAUCAGCAUUAGCUUCUGACCGUGUUUUUUCCACUUUGUAAAUGUGUGAUUUCUAGUCAUCGUGUUUUUCGCACAGGAGCCUCAAGUUAAAAUAAACACCUGAAUUAUUUCUUGCACUUGC